UUCAAAAUGUAAACAGCACGCGAACAUGUUAUAGUUGAAAGUAUUCGUUCUGUAGCAACUUUAGUGAAAUUUUGCGACUAGGCCGUAUCGUAAAGACAGACGCGACAUGUCGAUGCUUACUCAGAUAAAUCCUUUACUCAUAAAAAUUCCAAAUAUUCGAUUUGCAGCACCUUUCAGAAACAUUAAUUUAUCGGUCCCUCAAAAGAUAACCGUAGUGUCGGUGACAGUCGGAGUGGUCUUAAUCGGUUUUUUAGCGAGAUACUUGCGUCGCAGAAGAAGGGUGAUUAAUUACAACAAACGUGGAGGUAAUCAACGUAUCUACUCUUCCCGGGGUGCAAAAAGUCCGAAUGGAGACGCGGGCAGCGUGCAGAGCGGCCGCCGCAGCGGCAGCCCGGGCGGCGCGCGCCCGCUGACCCGGCAGGCCUCCGUGCUGUCGUCGGACCGCGGCUCGCUGCCCGCCUCGCUCGGCCUCGGACUGCCCUCCGCCUCCGAGGCGCCCGCCGGACUCACGCCGCAGCAGCUCGGCGUCAUGGGUAAGUGGAAAUCGUCGCCUCUCGCCGGCAUGCUGUUCUGUUUAACGGAGACCCUGGGGAGCGAGUUGUUUUAAAGGGUGCGUUAAUGGGAAUGUCACGAAAUAAGACUAUGUACCAGAAGCUACGAGUCAUUCAAAAACCUACGGAAUACAAACGAAAAAGAAAACGAUGGGAAACUUGAAAAUAAUUAGUUUAUAAUUUGGUGAGUAUAGGACGCGUGGGCGGGGUAGCUUCCUUCUCCAUCGCCUUGUAGUUUAUUUGUAGCUGUUUGCUAUAAGUGAUAGGUUUUCGUAUUAAUAUCAGACACGUCAGCGGGAGUAACUGAAGAUAAAUUUUGUGUACAUUCAUCACAGCCAGUGGUUAAGAACUGCCAAUAUCAUACAACUGCGGUGAUUAACAGAAAUAGAAAAGUAUUAGAGGAGGAACGGGAAGACAAUAAA